AUGCUGUCGCUGUUCUGUCUGGCAACCUUGCCCUCAUCGCGCGCCAUAAUGGUAUCGUUCGGCACCAACCAAGGCCCCAUAGUACCCAGACAGCCGAAGUCGACGGCCGCCCAAGAGCGCACCAUCGAGGCCAGGAGCCCGGCGCCGGUGUCGGAGAACCGGGACGACGUCCCCAAUCCCAACACCUACGUGCCCCCCGUACCGCGCCAGUACAGGACCAAGUUGUACGCGUACAAACCGGCGGCGAACCUGAUCCUGGGCACGCCGUUGGACAGGAAGUACACCCCGAACUCGAUACCCAAGUACCACUACUACAAGAAGCAGCUGCAGAAGUUGAACCUCGGGGUGGAUUACACCGGGCCGAACGUGUUCGAGCGGCAGGAGUACGAGUUUCUGCCGAAGACCGUGCUGAGUCCUUCGGUUAAGUACAACAAGCCGGUGUACUUGGUGCCUGUUCACAGGCAGGAUGACAGGUCCGUUCCUGAGAUAGGGGUGGUGUAUUCGUCGGGGGUGAGGUAUUACGUUCCGCAGAUUGUUGUAGUGGCUGCGCCUCAGGAGCAGUUGGGUAAUCCCAGAGAUGAGAAUUCUGUGUACGAUGUCGAAGAUCAGAAGUAUUAUCAGUAA